GCUUGGUGCGCGAGUCGCCUGGCCCCACCAGCUGGAGACGCGCUUCACGCCCAGAUCUGAUAGUGGGCGCUGUCAGCUUUAUCGCGCAAAUUGUUUGACAAUAAAGGCUUGCAUUCCUUUAAUUGAACACAGCACUUGCUAUCUAUCCUGUCUAUCAAUCUGCUCUUACUGUCUGUCCAACCUUCUCUCAUCCUGCACACGUGCUGCUCUCACCCACGUGGACCACCUCUCCCUGCCCAACAUGACAACAUUGAGUGCGGCGGAGGAGAUGGACAAGCUCCAGCUCUCCGAAGAGGAUACCGAAGAUCUCUGGGACUCUCCCUCCAAACGACAUGCCAAGACCCCAAGGCAGAAAGCACCCAGGGCCCAAGACGUACCGCCAGAACCAGCGCAACCUCGCAAUGGCGAGACGCUGUUCGACCUCGAAGAGACACGGGAAGCUGCCUUGCGCAAUGAGCUACAGAGUGUUCGCAACAUUAAUCAGGUAAUUGAGGGUCUACUGGAGAGCCUUGAUCGCGCAAAAGGAAACAUGACGACUGUCUCUCGAACAGUUGAUUCUGCUUCCACCCUGCUAAACACGUGGACUCGAAUACUUUCACAGACAGAACAUAAUCAGCGAUUGAUCCUCAAUCCCAACUGGCAAGGUGCCAGUCAAGAUAUCGCUGAUAUGGAACAUGAAGCUGCUUUGAAACAGCAGGAAGCCGAGAGGAGGGCACGGGAGUUGCAGCAACGAAGAGAAGCUGCUGCCAAAAAGGCAGAAGAAGAGGAGAGGAGAAGGGCAGCGGGCACCUCAACUACGAGAACUACACGAGGAACAACGAGAGGCAGAGUACGCACUGGGCUGGGCCGGACUGCUAGCACUUCCUCUGCUGGCGUAGGAUCUAGCGCGACUAGAGGGGCAACAAGAGGUACCACUACAGCGACGCGAAAGCCCAGCACUGGAGGGGUGUCACGAAGCACUGGUCUGCCACGGGGCCGGGGACGAGUAUGAUUGUAUCGAGCAUCGAUGAUUGAUGAGAUAGACGUGUCCAUGAAUAAAAAGUUCGUAGUAUUGAAUAGAGAUAACCGUCGAUAUUCACACAUUGCGGAAC